CAAGUGGUUACUGGAGGCCUGAUUCAGUCGAUUUGAGGAAAGCCCAAGAUGGAUUAGCUAUAGUUAAUAACAUUUUAGUUCAUCUUAGAAGUGCAGCUUAUCGUUUAGAUGAAAUUAUUAAGAAUUUAAGAAGAUAUGAAAAUAGUUUAUUUGAUGUAAAUGCUGAUUUGGAAUCCAUUUUUAUUGUCACUAAACGUGAUUUUAAUUAUUUGUUAAAUUCUGUAGAAGUUUUGCAGCGUAGUCAUCUAUCAUUAUGA